AAGGGGCUUUGCAGCUGAUAACAGACUGACAGCGUAUCAUAUGUUAUUGCAAAUAUGUAUAUUCUCAUGUCUGCUCCACAAAUUCGUCGGUAUAUCGAUCUACAUAAACAUUGAACAUAUAAUAUUUUCUGUAAGUUUCUUGUUUCUGUUUAUUUCCAAAGUUGUUGACAAACAAACAGUGAAGCUGAGAUCCAUUGUUAGUUUUAGCAAACGCAACGGGCGGCGUUGAGUUGAGUAGCUGAUAACGCACUACAAUUGGCAUGCGACUAAUGCAGCUACUGCGCUGUGGUCAGUAAGUCAUUACGACAAUGUGUGCCGAUCGAAGCAGAAGCAGCAACCGCAGCAGGAGUAGCAGCCAUGUGAGCUGCACUAUUUGCUCGGAGCGGUAUAAGGCGUCGGAUCAAAUCUAUGGUGGCAGCUGUGGCCAUGUGUUCCACUGGCAUUGUCUGCAGCGCUGGUGGGAGGAGUCCAACAGCUGCCCCGUUUGUCGCAGCAGAGGCCGGGAGUUCUUUCAGCUUUACUUAAGCUUUGAAGAGGCGGAGCCGAUCCAAAGUCAAAGUCAAAACCAAAACCAAAGCCAAGGCCAAAGCCAAAGCCAAAGUCACACCCAAAACCAAAGUCAGAGCCAGGGAGCGGGAGUGAGGAGUGCACCAGAUGACUUGACCAGCGAAUUUCAAAAUUUGCUUUAUGAAACGGACUUGUACAAGGAUGAGAUCAAUUAUUUAAACGACCAAAUUACGUUCUUAAAAUUUAAGUUAGCACUAAAUAGCAAUAGUUCAAGUGAUUCAGAUUAAUACAUGUACAUGUACUAUAAUAUAUACAUAAGUAUACACCAAU